AAUACGAGACCCUUGAGUGGAAGCUCGCCAGUGGUUGGGCGACAACGACGUGCGAAAGGGUUCCGAAGUGUAGCCUUCGCGUGCGUUCCUUUGUACCGGAAGGUCCGAAGAACAACGUAUCACGAAAUUCACCUUGCUAAACCUAGAGCACCAGGACCUUCGGCCGUCCGUCAGUUUGAGGACUUGGGCGGCUGCGUUCGGUUCGAGGGUAUUCAAGAUCAAGUGAACUCAUCUUGAAGCGAGACUAACGUGGAAAAAUAAAUGGUAGAAUAGAAGAGCUCUCUGGUCAGAGACGCAAGUAGUUGUCGUGUGCUGUGGACGUUUCGGACCUGAAAAAUGUAGUUAUCGUGGUGCUUGCAGGUUUCCAAUGAGAUCUUCAGGGACAAGAUCUACCAGGAGGUAGUAGACGGAUCAUCACAUAUUCUAAACUUGAUGGAUAGGAUAGGCGACACCCUUACAACCGAGCGCCUGGACUUCAUUUGGAGCACAUGUGUCCAGCAGGAGCCUGAGUUGAAGUUUGCCUUGAACCAGGUGCUUGCGGAACUGACAAUGAAUAUGAAAGACGAGCUGAAGUUGCACCUUUUUGGGAGAAUGCGGCAGGGACCUGGUGGAACAGUUGGGUGGGGGGGGGCAUGAGGAGGUGCUCGAGUUUCUGGAACGUCUCGGGUGCAUGGACGGGUGUACAGACGACUACACCUGUAUCACAAGUGUGUCGUCCUCGCUCACCGUUGGUUUGCAGGGGCGAAACUGUGCACCAGGCACUGCAGGAUCUGCUGUGGUCUCUCUUGCGCGUUCCAUACGUCUUAAGUCACCCUUGCUGGGAGACAGCUUCGGAGGUUCUGGUGCCAGCGGAUGAAGGUCAGCGGAGGUCGGAUCUCGCCGAUAUCUUGGAAAGAAAUACGUUCAUCGACUGCUCCGCCUUAAGGACGAGAGCGGGAGUGCCGCAGACGACGAAAAGCAAGUCAAGGUCACCGGGUUCGUCGAGAAACUCCAAGAAACGGUUCGUGGAAUCUGUCACGAGCCACUUCUGGACAUCUACUGGAGAGCAUCGACACUGACAUGUUCGGCGUUGUUUCGUGGCGAUGCCGGUGCAAAGCUCCCACGGCGCACACGGCAUGCCUCUUCAGCUUGAUGACCAACAUGGACCAUCCGCUUAGAUGUGGUGGGUGCAGAUCAUCAAUGACAUUUGGUAAAUCACGGAGCAGUGGCAGAGAAAACGAAAUACUCAACUUUCACCAUGCAGCCGGAGCUGCAGACGCAGAUUCUAGCGGGGGUUAGCUUGUAGCAGGGAACCUGGCAUCGUAUCCGCGGAAAAAUAGAAUAGAUGAGGAAGAGCAUGAUGGUGGGUUGGACCG